AUGGACAACCUUUCCAUGCUCUGGCAGCUUGACACGCUGACGCGUGCCAACGAAUACCUCGACAACUCGACGAACGAGCCUAUUCAUCUUCAGAACUUCAUCGAAAACAGGUUCCUCGGCUAUGAACACACAUCGGAAUGGAUUGACUCGGUUUCCCCUCGAUCAGGCAGUAUCCUGUCGAAGGUUCCUCGUAGUCCCCCCAACGUCGUCGAAUACGCCAUCAACGUGGCUUCUCGAGCUUUCCAGGAAUGGUCACAAACACCUCCUGCCAAACGAUCGGAAAUCCUGCUCCGAAUUGCCUCAAUCCUUGAGGAAAAGAGGGAAAUGUUUGCAGUUUGGGAAAGCAUUGAUCAAGGCAAAAGAAUCAUGCGGGCUCGGUCUGAAGUUACUCGUUCCAUUGAGCAUUUCCGAUACUUUGCGAAAUACAUACUGCAAUAUGAAGAUAGCGCAGUGCGUGUCAACAAAGGCUCUGGAGAGUCUACUCUGUCGUAUGAACACCGAUUGCCAGUUGGUGUUUUCGCCAUCAUCACUUCGUGGAACAUGCCGCUUUGCCUUUUGACGUCGAAGAUUGCCCCCUGCCUUGCUUUCGGAUGCACGGGUGUGGCAAAGCCAAGUGAACUGACUAGCAUGACUGCGUUUUUGUUCAGUGAAGUGCUCCGACGAGCGGAACUACCUACAGGUGUUAUGAACAUCAUUUUCGGAGAUGGACCGGACACUGGCUCGAACCUUUUGAAGUCGCCGCUUGUACGAGGAAUCUCGUUCACUGGAGGUGUCAACACCGGGAUUCAGAUUCGAAAUGAUACUGUAGCUGAGAUUCACAAGCGCUUGUCUCUCGAGCUCCGAGGCAGUAGCCCGACGAUUGUCUUUGGAGAUGUCGACAUCGAUGAGGCAGUUAAUGUGGCAGCAUACGCGGCGUUUGAAAACAGCGGACAACUCUCCAUGGGCGGUUCUGUGAUCUACAUCCACCGAUCGAUUUAUAGAGAGUUUAUGCCCAAGUUCGUCCAAUCUGUCCGUAUGGAUUACCGUUGUGGCAGGGAACUUGGUCCGGUUGUUUCUGAACAGCAUUAUGACAAGAUUCGAUCUUACCUAUGCCAGGCUGAGAGCGAAAAUGCCAGGUGCGAGACUGGCGAGAUUCCACUUGGAGCUCCCAUGGAUGGUUUCUGGGUCACUCCUACCGUUUUGAGCAACGUGCGCAACAAUAGUCUUCUCUUGCAAGAGGAGGUCUUUGGGCCUGUGGCCAUUUUGUGCACAUUUGACACAGAGGCGGGUAUAGUCGCGAUGUGCAAUAGCACUCCCAACGUGAUCGGAACUGUUGUGCUGACCAAUGAUCUUUCCCGAAUGCGCCGAGUUGCAGAACAGCUUGAUGCAGGCUUGGUGUGGGGAAAUUGCUGGCUGGGCCGUGAGCUUAGUGCUGGAUACAACGACAUGAAGGCAGUUGGCACUGGAAAAGAAGGCGGCGAACGUAGCCGCGACACAUUCACCAGACUGCGCACCGUCCAUGUUCCAUCUUACUAA